GGCAGGUAACAACUGCCGUUCCUGGUUUACCACAGUAUACAACGGGAGGACUAAUAUAAGCUCGCCAUCUAGAGUCGACCCCGCCUCUUAAGCGUUCUGACCUAGGAACAUAAAUACCCCACACGACCCCUCACCCCGUCCCCUCAUCUGCAACCAUACCCCGACCCCAUUAAUUCCCCAACCACCACCAUGGGCGGCGAAACACCAAUUGAAGGACACCUCCUUGUUGUAUGGGGCGUUCCAGAGCCAAAGCAAGACAUCGCUGCGCUCCGCGUCAAAUACCCUAAUCUGAAAAUCACAUACAAGCAAGCUAGCGUCGCCUUCAGCGACCCCGCCACCAUCGCACGCCUAUCAGAAGAAGAUGUCAGCGACGAUGAAUGGCUAUCCGCCACCCACCUGGCGACGAUGUCCUAUCUCCCCCCGGCCCGCCUCGUCCCCGCCUUCACCAAGAACGUCAAGUUCAUCCAGCUCACCUCUGCCGGAGUGAACCACCUCGCUGCGCACCCCAUCUUUACCUCCACCAGCAUCCCCAUCACUACCACCUCCGGCAUCCACGGUCCGCCAAUCUCGGAAUGGGUCGCGCUCCAGAUCCUCGCUGACAGCCACUUGCAGCGCACCAUGUACAAGUGGCAGUCAGAGCGACGUUGGGUGAGGGCUGCGGGGGAUAGCACUUUGGGCUUCCGCGAUAGCGUUGGGCGGCGUGUUGGGAUUCUGGGAUACGGGAGCAUUGGGCGGCAGUCCGCACGUGUUCUCACAGCAAUGGGCAUGGAGGUAAUCGCCUACACCGCCAACCCCCGCACCACCCCGGAAUCGAAGCGGGACACCGGAUUCAUCGUCCCAGGCACACUCGGCGAUCGCGAGGGCACCCUCCCGGUUGCCUGGCACAGCGGAACAGACAAGGCUUCCCUCCACGCCUUCCUCGGCGCAGACCUCGACUACGUGCUCCUCGCUCUCCCGCUAACGGGUUCCACCAAGCAGAUUCUCGGUGCCGAGGAAUUCGAAAUUUUGGGACGGACCGGGGCGUACGUGCUGAAUAUCGGGAGGGGUGAGAGUGUAGACCAGGAUGCGUUGAUCGCAGCGCUGAAGAAGCCGCUUGGAGAGGGGGGACUGAGGGGUGCGGCGCUGGAUGUGGCGACACCGGAGCCGUUGCCGGAGAGUAGCGAGUUGUGGGGGUUGGAGAAUGUGGUGAUUACGCCGCAUGUGAGUGCGUGGAAUGGAAGGUAUUUGGAGAGGACGAUAGGGGUUUUGGAGGAGAAUUUGGAGAGGGGGGCGAGAGGUGAGGGACUGGUGAAUGCGGUUGAUAGGGAGAGGGGAUAUUAGGGUAAUUUGAAGCAUAUAAGUGGUUGGAUAGACGCAUUAGAAUUACAGAAGGCACAGGAGCAAUUCUGAGCGGAAUAUCUAGG